ACAUCAAUUGUUUGUUUACGCGGUGGCUAUGUAGUGCAAUGAGUAAUCUCCCCCUCACUGCCUGACGCUGAUGGUAUGAUACAGUGUAAAUAUGGAUAUCCGCUUUCAACUCGUUGUUGCUAUCUAUCUGCUAUUGACAAAAUUUUGCGUCGACUGCCAAGAUGAAUUAUGCAAUGACAAGUUAAUACAGCAUUUGCCAGAUGAUCACUUGACCGCCUCUAGUUCCAAGUCUGAACCCGGACUACUGUCUGAACCUGCACAAGCCAGGCUAAACAAAACAGAAGUGACUUUAAACAAUGGCACCACAUUGAUUGGAGCUUGGUCUCCGAAACAAGAUGGAACAGGAGAAUAUGUACAGGCUAUGUUCGACGAAAUGACUAUGAUAACAGGGAUUCAAACUCAAGGUCGUAACCUUGGUAAUGACCACGUGACUCUGUAUAAGGUUGAAUACACAGAAGAUGGAAAAACAUGGCAGACAGUCAAUAAUGAUCUCGGUUUGGAACAGAUUUUCAUGGGCAACUCUGACGGCGAUACGAUACAGGAUAACCAGCUGAACUGCCCUGUUUUCGCUAAAGGAAUACGGAUUAUUCCGAUGGAAUGGGACCCACAUAUUGCACUGAGAUUCGAGGUUAACGGUUGCUAUUUAGACAACAGUAUCAUAGUGAUGACAACACCUGUAGCAGCAACAAUACUGACAACAAUGACCUCAACAAAUGCAACAACAACAGUUCCUUUCCUGCCAGGAAUUGUUACCCCGUUUGGUUUGACCACACCCGGGAACACUAUUCUUACCACACCCACUAAACCACUGUCAACGACAAACCCUGGCACUACAGUUAAUAUGCUGACUCUUAUUCACUGGUUCAUGACUCACAUCAACAACCAGACAACGACAGCAGUUACCACACCUACUACAGUAAAAACCAAACUCACCACUACACCGGACUUUUUUCUACCCGGAAUACAGAAUCCCUUUGGGACUACUAAUAGAGCCGGAGUUGGAAUACCGCCAAUAAUCGGAUAAAAACCAUAUACUAUAUUUUCGUCAUUGAUAAAACUUACAGUGAAAAUUUGUCUUGGUAUAUGUUUUAUAUGACACUAACUAUCACAAGGAAAGAUGAAAAACAAGAACAAUUAGCUUCAAUCUAGGAAGAACAGUUCUACACUCGCUUAAAAUGUUUUGUAAGUUAUUAUGAAUAUACGAUACUUCUUUUUCUUUUCUAAGUUCAUGCUAAUGCUAUCAUGAUGAAGGAACGAGUUUUAAUUAAGUAGAUAGUUGAUAGCUGAACAUUUUAAUAAACCAACAACUUGCCACUGGCCAAUAGGUAAUGCAAAAUUGACAUGCAAGUUGGAAUACUCUUGAUAGUUAAAUCAAACAUAAAAG